AUUGAACCACGACCAUGACGGACGUACAGGCACUCCUCAAGGAGUCCAAGGCCGAGUACAGGCAGCUCGGAAAGAGCGGCUUAAAAAUUUCCGUCCCCGUCCUGGGAGCGAUGAGCAUCGGCGACAAGAAAUGGCAGCCGUGGGUCAUUGAAGAGGACGAGGCCCUACCGCUAUUGAAGCAGGCGUAUGACCGGGGAAUCACAACGUGGGACACGGCCAACGUCUACUCCAACGGCGUCUCGGAAAUCCUCAUCGGCAAAGCCAUCAAAAAGUACUCGCUACCCCGCGAGAAACUCGUCAUCCUCACCAAAUGCUACGGCUACGUGGGCGAAGACCCGGGCCUCCGCACCAUCAACUACGCGACGGAGCUGCCCCAACUGAAAGACUACGUCAACCAAGGCGGGCUCUCGCGCGCCGCCAUCUUUAAUGCCGUGGAGAAGUCGCUCGCACGCCUCGACACGCCGUACAUCGACCUCCUGCAGAUCCACCGCUUCGACAAGAACACGCCGAUCGAGGAGACGAUGGAGGCGCUGCACGACCUCGUCAAGAGCGGCAAGGUGAGGUACAUUGGCGCGAGUUCGAUGUGGGCGGUCGAGUUUGCGCAGAUGCAGUUUGUGGCGGAGAAGCAUGGGUGGACCAAGUUUAUCAGCAUGCAGAAUCAUUACAGUUUGUUGUAUAGGGAGGAGGAGAGGGAGAUGAUUCGGUUCUGCAAUGCGACGGGCGUGGGGCUGAUUCCGGUGAGUUGUGGAAGAUUCUUGUUUGGUUUACUACUGAUGCCGAUCGUGUUGGUUCAGUGGGCACCCCUCUGUCGCGGCCAUCUGGCGCGCCCGCUCUCCGCAUACGGGAGCACGACGCGCUCGGCGGGCGAGAAGGAGAGCGGCACGCACACGACGGGCGACAACGAGACGGACCGGGCCAUCAUCCAGCGCGUCGAGGAAGUGGCGAAGAAACGUGGGUGGAAGAUGAGCACGGUGGCGCUGGCGUGGAUCAACAAGCGCGUGACGAGUCCGAUUAUUGGGUUCAGCAGCGUGGAGCGCAUGGACGAGGCGCUCGAGGCGAGGGGCAAGGAGCUGAGCGACGAGGAGGAGAGGUAUUUGGAGGAGUUGUACCGGGCGAGGAGUAUUGUGGGGCAUUCGUAGGGAUUCAUGUAGGGUAUAUGGGAAGAUACAUAUAUACCUAAGCAUACUGCCUCUUUCCACAUGCGACUGAAGGUCAGAUCAAUGGGAGGUGCAGCAAUAGAACAUAUGUUUUGCAAGCAGCUUUAUGGCGCCUUUAUCUGCGUAUAAUGCUAAUUGCUUGCAGAGGAAUUGCAGGAAUGGGUCGGGAGUGGAACACCGCAGUAGGAGC